AGAAUUUACAAGGACACUCCAAAAAAGUUCACAAGCCAAGAACAAAUUACUUGUCAUCUGACUAUCGACAUUCCCAUCGAAUCAUCAGCGAGUGGAACUCAUUACCUCAGCACGUGAUUGAGGCUCCAUCUGUCGACUCUUUUAUAAGAAAGUUGGAUCAACUGAGAAACCACCACUGCCAGGACUAACACAGGCCAUCAGGCCUCCUGUCCUUCCCAAACUGAAACUGAAACUGAAACUAGAGUUAUGAGUCAUGCUGAAAGAGGCAUAGCGAAGUAAAAUGAUAGUAUUUUAUAGGCUGAAUUUAAGCACAGAAAUAUUUUAUGCUGGAAAGUUGUGUAUUGAUCAGUAUAAUAUUUCAGAAAACGUAGUCCUUACGAAGGUUUACAGAUUUCGAUGUUGAAUAUUGGUCAUUGUUUUCUCCUGUUUAUUAUUAUGAAUCCAUCCAAUCAGACUAGUCCACACAGAUUACUGACCGCGUUCUUGGGAUGUGUUACGAAGUUCGGACGCCCUUCUAUUAUUUUUUUACGAUAACAUGUUUUUACGCUAUAGUAACCCUAUCAGUUAAUGGUAGUGUGGAAGAUAUACUGGAGAAAGGGACUAGACUUUUAGCAUCCGGUAAAUUUGAGGAAGCUCUGUUAUUGUACAGUGAUGCCAUCGGAAAAAGUCCUGAUAGUUAUAUGGCCCACUACAAAAGGGGCACAGCAUACAUCGCACUAUCUAAUUGUAGGAUGUCUCUUUUGGAUUUUAAUAGAGCUUUGGAGCUAAAUCCAGAUUUCAUUCCUGCAAGAAAACAUCGGGCGUAUGUGAAGCUAAGAAUGGGGAAGCUGACAGAAGCCAUAGAAGAUUAUGAGAGUGUGCUAAAUCAUGAUACUGGCGCAAGCGCCAAAAUAUCUGAAAUACAUAAACUGCAAAAUCAGUGGGAAGAUGCUCGUAAAUUGUUCGGGAACAGUGAAUACAGAGAAGCUCUUACGUUAUUGGACAAAUUAGUGGAAUCAGUCGACUAUGCUGAGGAGCUACGUGAAUUGAGAGCAAGGUGUUACUUAAGCUUAGGAGACGUGCAAAAGGGUUUGCAAGAAAUGAGAUUUGGCGUUCAUCUGACCAAUGAUAACCGCGAGGGAUUACUGAGAAUUAGUCAAAUAAUGUAUGACGCCGGGUUUGCAGUGCAGGCUGUCAAUGAGCUUCGAGAAUGUCUCAGGCUUGAUCAGGAUGAUAAAGCCUGUUUGAGCCUCUACAAAAAAGUAAAUAAGGUUGCCAAGGCUAUAACAGCCACGCAAGAGGCUUUGGAAGCCGAAAGGUACUCUGAUUGCAUCAAGAAAGCAUCAGAGAUAGUCAAGUUCGAGUCUUCAAAUACAGAAUAUGCUAAUCAAGCAAACAUUAGCCUCUGUCACUGUCAUGCAAAAGCUAAAAGUGCUGAUGGAGUCUCGUAUUGUGAAUCUGUUGUUCAACAUUAUCCUGAAAGUACUGAAUUCCAACUUUAUCAAGCUGAAGCUUAUAUAAAUGCUGACCGUUUUCAGGAUGCCAUUUCAACAUACCAAAAAAUUUUAGAACAUGAAUCGAAUAAUCAGAAAGCGAAGGAGGGCAUGAAGAAGGCUCAAAAGCUUCUAAAAACAAGCAACCGUCGUGAUUACUAUAAAAUACUUGGGGUGCCCAAAUCAGCUUCUAAAAAGGAUAUUUUGAAGGCCUAUCGAAAAAUGGCUGCUGAAUAUCAUCCGGACAAAUUUCAGGGCGAAGAAAAAGUGCAAGCCGAGAAAAAGUUCGUUUUAAUUUCUGCAGCCAAGGAGGUCCUUACAGAUGAUGGUGAGUUUACCUAAAUAAAGCUCCGAAAAUUGCAACUUCUCAAAAAUAAUGUAUUAUUUAUGAUUAGGAAGGCAUCAGUUAAUAUCUACGGUCCUUAAGAGCUUCACUCAAUUAAAAUUUCUAGAUAUAAUCUAAAGUUCUUUAAUAAUUCAAACUUCACAACAGCAUCUCGUUUCCGGCUGGUAAGGAUCAUAAUAUCUCUAGCGCACUUUGAUUUUAUUAUGGAGGACUUUGUCAUGUGUUAAAGUCCGGAAUGGCGACUUAUUUCUUCAUAUCAUUAUUAUUAACACAAGUAUUUUUCAAAUUAUUGUGUUCUCCAGCACCUAUAACUAUUCAAGGUAAUUAGCAAUUGAAUUAUUUUCUAUUCCUAUUUUUGAGUAUAAAGACGAAGUAUUAUGCUUCUGUAUGAAUGUAUCCUGAGUUGAAAUCAUUUGUUUUCUUGAAUAAUUUUCUAAUGUCAAACAUUUCAUAUCGUAAAAAUGGACUAGGCAUGUAACUAAGUAACCAAUUUGUACUUUUGUCGUCAGGUUUUGCUGACCUAUGAUCUUCCGUAGUAUGUGUAUGUAUGCUAGUUUUAAAUCACUGAGUUAGUAACUUAACCAAGACUCCGUCUUUGGAUGUCGUAUCGUUUGCAAGACAUUUCCAUCUUCGAAAUAGUAAUUAGGAAUACUUUUAUUGUAUAUUAAGCAUUGGGUUUUCUUUAAUACAAGCGAAUGAAUUAUUUCAUGUUUUGUUUAUUAUUAUUAAAUUUAUCCAGAAAAACGUACACAAUUUGAAAAUGGAAUCGAUCCGCUGGAUCCUGAACAGCAAGCUCAAAACCCGUUUGGUGGUCAUCCUUUCAAUGGUUUUCCAUUCUCCCACAUGCAUCCCUUUGAAGGUGCUCACUUCGAGUUUCAUUUUGGAUAACUUAACAUUUUUGUAUUUGGCAUUUUGGUCUUGUUUAUUUCAAACCUCGUUUAAUUUAUCUCCAAUUCGUUAGAAAAUAACUACUUUUUCUACUACCUUGAUUUAGUCUUUCGAAGUGUCCUUAAACCACGCGUUGUACAUAAAACUUCAGUUUUGCUUCUUUUUUACUUCAAUGUUAUGGUAAUUUGUCAGAUUAUUUUAUAGUACCACCUCUGUGUUAUAUCUGGAUAAUAAAUAUCUUUGAUUACAUUCCUGAUCGAAACAUGACUUCAAAAACCUUAUAUGUUAACAUUUCUUUAUCGAUGUAUAAAAUAUCAUCUGAGACAUUUUAGCAUGCUUUUUUAGUUUUUGAUUGAAUUUUCAGAUGUGAAUUAAUAAAUAGAUCACUGAAGUACUCCGUAAUUUAGGAUAUAAAUUCUCUGAUAAACCCCUUGUAUGCUUCAGUGAUGAUAUUAACUGGUAACCAAUCUGUUUCUUGUCGACUGAACUUGUAUGAAGUGUUCGGUAGUUUAUACAGCAAUUGAAAAUAAUUUUAUCAUUAUUUUUACUCGUUUGUGAAAACUACAUGUCUAUUGUUACGAUUUAUAUGCGUCUGUAGUAUGCAAACUGUAAGGUAGGCGUCUAGUAUUUAUCAAAGUAUAAAAUAUUACAUUUGACAUGAAACUAAAAUUAUUUUCGUACUUCUUGACUGCAACUGAUUAAACAGACCACUUGUCUGUCCGAAAGAAGUUCUGAC